AUGAAUCAGGGCUCUUCAACUAACAAGGAUGGCAACAAUCAGGGUGAAAUGCGUCGUCAUCCUUGGGAAUCGGUGGUUACAGAUCUUAAAUGUUUCACGUAUUAUGACCUGAGACGUGCUACUGAGAACUUGGGAGAUGACAAGAGGUAUCUGAAUGUUUACAAAGGUUGGAUCGAUAAAACAACAUAUUCUCCCACAGAAGAUAAUACCGGAUUGGCGAUUGCUGUUAAGAGAAUUGAUUUCUACAAAACUGCAUGCUGGGUAAAGUGUGGUAUCACGACUUCCGUUGGUUAUAAAGGUGAAAAUAGCAGUUGGAAUUGCCCGAGGGCUUGUUUUCUUGCACAAGACACAAAAUGA